CUACAAUACGCGCAGUCGCCAUCCGCGCGGUCUCGCGGUGUCUUGUGUAUAGUGAGUGCCGUGCGUGAUAUUCGCCGUACGAGUAAUGAGAGUUUGAAAUUGGAACCACUUAAUUUCCAUUGAGGGAUCGUCCUGGCGUCCUGUCUGCGUAUACGCGUAAAAUGGUAGGACCAACGCAGAUAAUUCUCCUGCUGCUUUUGCUCAGCUGUAGCUCCGAGUCGUCUUCCUUCAACCAGCUUUCCCUGAAGACAUUCAGUCUUGAAGAACUAAUCCCCAUCAAACCAGAGUUCUACCCAGACCGAAUCAAUGUGCAGUGGGUUUCAGAUACAGAAUACAUACACAGGGAGCCAGGAAAUGGAAUUGUCAAAUACAACGCUCUAUAUCGUAAUGUGUCUACAGUUUUGACUGAGGACGAAUUGUAUGAGCUACGAACAUACAUACCUACAACAUUCUCCAGUGACGGGAAAUAUCUACUGUUAGCGUCCAAUUAUCAGAAGGUUUACCGUUACUCCAGUCUCUCAGAAUUUUCUGUGUACAACCUUGAAAACAAAUCAGUUAAAAACAUUAGUAGAGGUCCUUUGGCUGCUGUAGAGUGGAGUAAGAAAGGUGCUCUUGCGUUCGUCAAAGACAACAAUGUAUACUAUGUUGCUGACCCGGCACGACCUGACGAGGUCACCGCCCUUACCACGGAAGGUGUUCCUGGUGAAGUGUAUUUUGGUAUCGCAGACUGGAUAUAUGAAGAGGAAGUAUUCAAUGCAGCUGAAGCAUUGUGGUUUUCACCGGAAGGUACUUAUUUGGCGGUAGCUUCCUUCAACGACACAAACGUCGAGUCAGCUGUCUACCCCUUCUAUGGCAAUUCGUCUGACAUUUACUAUCAAUAUCCCGAGAUGGUAGAGUUCAAAUAUCCUAAGGCAGGUCGCGUCAAUCCUGUUGUUGGUCUUCGCGUCUUCAAGGUGGACAAUAUCUCCUGCACAAGAACUAUUCCAGCGCCAGUAGACGUCGUUGGAGUAGAUCACAUACUGGGCCGUGUAGACUGGGCCACCGAUCAUAAUCUAGUGGUUUUAUGGCUGAAUAGACGCCAAAGUAUCAGUAUCUUAGUGAAUUGUGACUUGGAAUUGGAUGAAUGCAGUUUAGUAAAAGAACAAACGGAACCAAAUGGUUGGAUUGAUAUACACAAGGCAUUUUAUAAUGAAAACGGGACCAAGUUGGUAGAGAUUCAACAUUUGUAUAACGGAGACGCCAGAUAUCCGCAUGCUGCGCGUCUUGAUUUCAAUUCGCUCGCAACAGAAGACCUGAGUCCAGGAAAUGCGACGGUAUUAGAAGUUGUUGGCUGGAAUGAGCCUACUGAUACUGUUUAUUACAUAGCGGCUCCAGGUCUGGAGCCCUGGCUUCGGCAGUUAUGGGCGACGGCAGCCGACGGCACUUUGAGGUGCAUAUCUUGCAAAGAGCCGUCGUGUCAAAAUGUUGCCACAAAUUUUUCGCCAGGAGCUAGUUUUGGCAUUGUCACUUGCAGUGCAACUAACAACCCGCCCAAAACUUUCUUCUAUCAAUGCCAGGACGACACGUUUACAUUGUUAAAAGAUAAUACGAAAUUGUACCAAAAACUUAGGACGUACAAACUGCCACUGCCCUUAUUUAACACAAUAAAUUUGGAGAAAGAACAAACCAUGGCAAAUAUCAAACUUUUGCUCCCACCAGACAUUCAGGAGGGGAAGAAGUAUCCGAUGGUUUUGAGGGUUUAUGCUGGCCCUGGAACUGCUAGAGUGAAAAACAACUUUGAUUUAGAGUAUUACAACAUGUACCUAACAACGAAUCGAAGUUUCAUAGUAGCGUCUAUAGACGUGCGAGGGUCCGGUGUCCUGGGCACGGAGGCCAUGCACGCCGUGAACGACGCCCUGGGCACGGUCGAGAUCACGGACACACUGGCUGCUAUCAAGACGCUUCUCAACCUGUACUCGUUCAUUGACCCCAAACGCGUGGGCGUCUGGGGCUGGAGUUACGGUGGGUACGCCACUACCAUGAUGUUGAUCAAGGACUCUGAACAUUUGAUGGCGUGUGGGGCCGCCAUUGCACCUGUCACUUCAUGGCUCUAUUAUGACACAAUAUACACCGAGCGGUACAUGGAUACGCCACAAAAAAAUCCUUUAGGAUACCAGAGAUCAGACCUGCUAGCCGCCGCCAGUAAGCUGCGCGAUCGCAAGUUCCUGUUGAUUCAUGGGACGGGAGACGAUAACGUGCAUUACCAGCACAGCUUGCAGUUAGCCAAGAAACUGCAACAUGAGGAUAUUUCAUUCCAGCAAGUGAGCUACACUGAUGAGAAUCAUUCCCUGCUUGGAGUGAGCAGACAUUUCUACCACACCCUGGACCGAUUUUGGACGGAAUGCUUUUAUCCUUAAUAGUAUAAAUUGUCAAAAAAAAUGUGUGUAAAUAUUUAAGUAAUUAGAAUCUAAAUAUCCUGCCCGAUUCACUCUAACGGAGUUUCCAAGUAAUACUCUCUAUAUUGUGUAAUCAUCAAUAAAAUCAUUACCUAUCUACUUUUACGUCAAAAAGUUGCACCGUUUUACGAUAUUCUAUGUAUUCUCUUUAUUUUAUUUCAGGGAAUAUAUCAAUGUUAGCAAACAUAUUAUGACCUCUUAUGGCCUAUGUAAUUAUGGCAUGAGCUAAUAUCUAAUUAAUUCUCACGCAGCUGCAUUUACGUUACACAUUUGUUUUUCAUAAUUUAUUCUAGUCUAGAUUACCAAUAGUAUAAACGGUUUUUAUAACGAUCCCUUAAAAGUAUAUCGGGCGAAUAAACAUCGAAGCAAUUCAGUCAGAAUGAAACUCUGAGAUUGAGUCCUAUAAAUGUUAAGCAUAAUAAAGUUAUUUA